CUUCGGUUGAUACAUGAUUCCGUUGGGACGGAAACCUGAUGCGGCGCCGCGUCGCCUUGGCGUCGGGAGCUCCCGCGGCCCGGCGUCGCUGGUGGGAAGAGGUCCAAACUCACUUCCUGCGCCGAACAAUGCCGGGGAGGUUUUCGACGAGGAGUACACUUUGCGGUUGAUUCCGUCGAUCAAGAAGUACAACGUCGGCCGCUUCAGCGAAGGUCAGAUGCCGACGUUGUCCAAAUGUGUGCAGCCGAUCAAGAUGUUCAAGGAACCCGAGCGUGAGAUUGAGGAUGACGAGGAGGUGAAGGAAGAGCCACAGGGAUGGAACCCCGCGCUGCGGAAGAAGCGGCGCCGACGCCGAAAGGACAACCGCAUCAAGAACUGGAUCAUCCAAGAGAACGACUCGAAGACGCUCUUCUCCGGUACGGUGGAAGGUGGAGUGACGUCGUCGUACAUGCUCAUGGUGAAGGUCCCGAACAAGAACGAGUUCCAGAUGUUUCCCGUGGAGGACUGGUUCCGUUUCAAAAAACCGAUCACGUACCCGACGUUGACGUUGCUGGAAGCGGAAUCCAUGGCCGUGGAGAAGAAGCGCGCGGUGGAGCGUUGGGUGAUGAAGCAUGAGCGGAAGGACGGAAACGACGUGGCGCCGUCGACGUCCAUGAUCACUGGCGCGUUGCGCACGGUCAAGUCCACCGAGGACGACGAAGGCGGCAGCACGAUCUUUGCCGAGCCCAAGGCCCCGCGGCGCGCUCGCGGGGGAGCCAUGGCCAAGAAAUCGGGCAGCGAGGUCGACGCCACAGGCGACGACGGCGGCGAUUUCACCGAGAUCUUUAGUGACGACGAGGGGCAGCAAGAGGUGGAGAAGACCAAGAACGACAUCGCAUCCGAGAGCAGCGAGGACGAAUUCGAAGACGAUGCGACCAAGAAGCCACUGACGGACGAAGGAAAGGCGCUCCAGGAUCUGGUGAAGCGGACGAAGGAGCAGAGCGAGAACCCCGCGGGCACCGCCGCGACCGCCGCCUCCGCCGACGCGAAUCGGGACGACAGCGACGACGACGAGAGCAAGCAGGACAAGGACACGACGGUCGUCAAGCGCUUUGACUUUUACGGCAACCCCGUCAAGGAAGCGGUCCCUCUCGUGGUGGCGGCGGAUGGAGGCGUGAGCGGCGGUGCCGCGUCGGCGGCGACCGAUCCGGAGAAGCGCAAGUUUGACGGGGAUGGGGACAAGCAGGGACAUGCCAAGAAGCCCCAACUUGGCGCCCCAUCGAAACCGUCGGCCGCCCCCAAGUUGACGGAGGCGCUGAUCCAAGAAGAGCUGAUCCGGUACGGCGGGCGCAUGAAGACGAGGGACUUACUCAAGAAACUCAAGAAGCUGCUCGUGACGGCGCAUGACAAGUCGCUGUUCAAGGAUAUUGUGCGCACGAUUUGCGACGUCGAAGAAGACCCCGUCGACGGACGGUUCAUGGUGCUCAAGGUGCAAUUUCGCUGACGGCACUUUGGCCCCUUAAACACACAAAUAUGCAUGAAAAGCUGGAAAAGUACCCUAAAAAUACAAACAGGAAAAACGAAAAUAUUCA